UUUUGCAGCCUUGGUAGGGUAGAUAACGGUGGUCAGCUCAACUGGCAGCAGCACUGCGUGUGCACCCCUGACAACGCCAGCAGCGCAUCUGAUCUCGUCUUCUCUACAAGAUACGACAAAACAUCGAAUCUUCAACACUGUCGUCGAUCACCGAGCACACGAACCUCGGAACCUGACCAAAUCAGCACCGAACAUUCCGACUCAGCCACCCCGUUCCCCCUCAACUGCCGCAAUGGACAAUUUCAAAGCCCUUGGCAAUAGCUUGAGCUCUAUCGGCUCCCAAAUCACCCCUUUCGCCUCUCGUACCUUUCAAUACACCAAGGAGCAACUGGGUCAGGCUGAGGACAAAACCGAGCUCCCUCCCGAUUACAUCGAUCUUGAGAAGCGUGUCGAUGCCCUUAAGCAGGUCCAUCAGAAGAUGCUGGCGGUGACCUCGCAAUAUUCGCACGAAGCCUACGACUAUCCUCCCAACAUCAAGGAGACCUUUUCGGACCUCGGCCGGACAGUGAGCGAGAGGGUGCAGCUCCUGACGGCAGCCACGACGCCGGCGGAGGCCCAGGCGGCCUUCACCGCGCCGCCUUCGGCCAAGCCGCAGCCCAAGACGUUCUCGCACGCGAUCGCGCGGGCGAGUCUCGCGAGCUCGCGGGUGCUGCACCAGCAGCACACGGGUGCGGGCGAAGACCCGCUGGCGACGGCACUCGAGAAAUAUGCGCUGGCGAGCGAGCGGGUGGGCGAAGCCCGGCUCGCUCAGGACGCCCAGAUUCAAAGCCGAUACCUCGCCGGCUGGAACACGACGCUCAACACGAACCUGAUGUUCGCGACGCGCGCGCGCAAGAACGUCGAGAAGGCCCGCCUCACCCUCGACUCGGUCAAGUCCCGCGCUAAAGGCACGACCUGGAAGAUCGGUGGCGGUGGCGCCGCCGCGGCCUCGUCGCCUCGCGACGACCAUCAUGCUGCUAUUGACGAGCUGAGCCCCGAGGCCCAAGAGGAGAUUGAGAAGGCUGAGGAUGAGUUCGUCACUCAUACCGAGGAGGCGGUCGGCGUCAUGAAGAACGUUCUCGAUACUCCCGAGCCCCUCCGCAACCUCGCCGAACUCGUCGCUGCCCAGGUCGAAUAUCACAAGAAGGCCUACGAGAUCCUUAGCGAGCUCGCCCCCAUCAUCGAGGGUCUCCAGAUUGAGCAGGAGGCUAACUACCGCAAGAGCCGCGAGAGCGCGUCGUAGGCGUUGAUAUAUACCCAGACCACCACUCUCGCUUCUUACAUGGUUGAAGUUACGCUUGCGCUACGAGGUUUCGUACCUUCGAACGGGACUCUUACAUAUCGUCCCUGGGAGUGACACUGCGAGAGGCGGGGUCGUGAAAGAAUCGCGUUAGAACUAUAUAUCUCUAUGUCUUGUUGCUUGAGCCUGCCAGAGUUCGCGUAUUCGAGCAGGAGGAUAAGGAAGUGCGAUAGGAGCCAGGGACGGAGCAGGCUCCUCGACGGAUCUCCCUCCCCAAGUGGAUGGACGAUGCAUUUUUCUUUCGACAACGAAUUGUUCCCGGUUCCGGUUUGAGAGGUUAAUCAACAUGCUAUUCCGCAGACGUUACUGCGUCCCUGUGUCUAUGCGCGUGCGUUAUGCUGAUAGGGCAAGGUAGUUAGUCUCACUGCGCAAAAUGAUGGCAUGGCCUAUCGUGAUAGUAUCGUAGUUCGC